AUGGACAACACUGGGAAUCAUUACAAACCCUUUGAAAGUACGCUUGGCACAGAUACUUCUGAGAAGUACAGACCAUCUAGCCAGAACCAAACAUUAGUUGUAGUAGCUCAAGAACAACAGGGAUGCAAGAAUAAUAUGUUGACUGCACAAAAUGUAAGGAUGACUGUUAACUGCAAAGAAUGUGACAAACCAAGAUGUGUGUACUCAAAAUUAAAAAUCAGCGCCAGAGACACGAGGUCACAGAGGCACAUCCUUGAGAAAUAUGAUUAUACAUGUGGGUCAGUCAUCACUCCAGAUGUCUUUGUCAGGUUGCAGAUGUUUUGCUCAACCCAUAAUGAAUUCCCUUUCUACUCUUCAAGUAUUGGGAGAACAGAUAUCUGUUGCCACUGUACCUCACCUAAUGCUGGAAAAGAUGAAAAUGCCUUUAAAACACAUAGAGUUGUUCUGUCAUGUUGUCAAACCUGUUUGCCAAAAGGGAUAACCAAGAGAAUGCCCAAAAAAUGA